GGUGGAGCCCAGCCGGCCGGCGAGAGAAAUCGGGUCCCAGCGGCUCCAGUGCUCGUGACCCGCCGCCGCCUGCUACCCGCGCCAUGACGCAGCCGGUGCCCCGGCUCUCUGUUCCCGCCGCGCUGGCCCUGGGUUCGGCUGCGCUGGGCGCCGCGUUCGCCACCGGCCUCUUUCUGGGGAGACGGUUCCGGCGACAUCAGCGCCUACUGCCCCCUGAGGACAAUCCCCUGUGGCAGUAUCUGUUGAGCAGGUCCAUGCGGGAGCACCCCGCGCUGCGCAGCCUGAGGCUGCUGACCCUGGAGCAGCCGGAAGGGGAUUCCAUGAUGACCUGUGAGCAAGCCCAGCUUCUGGCCAACCUGGCGCGGCUUAUCAAGGCUAAGAAGGCACUGGACCUGGGAACUUUCACCGGCUACUCCGCCGUGGCGCUGGCCCUGGCGCUGCCCCCGACCGGGCGCGUGGUGACCUGCGAGGUGGAUGCGGGGCUCCCCGAGGUGGGGCGGCCCCUGUGGAGGCAGGCCGAGGUGGAGCACAAGAUCGACCUUCGGCUGAAGCCCGCUCUGGAGACCCUGGACGAGCUCCUGGCGGCGGGCGAGGCCGGCACCUUCGACGUGGCGGUGGUGGACGCGGACAAGGAGAACUGCGCUGCCUACUACGAGCGGUGUCUGCAGCUGCUUCGCGCUGGAGGCGUGCUCGCCGUGCUCAGAGUCCUGUGGCGUGGAGAGGUGCUGCAGGCUCAGCAAGGGAAUGCAGCAGCGGAAUGCGUGCGAAACCUAAACGAGCGCAUCCGGAAGGACACCAGGGUGUACAUUAGCCUCCUGCCCUUGGGCGACGGCCUCACCCUGGCCUUCAAGAUCUAGGACUGGCUCCCAGGGAGUGGACUUCACAGAAGGAACCUAGGAAUCCCCAGGCAUUGAUCCAGAAGUCCUAACAAUAAAGUGGGCUGGGACACAUGA